AACGUCAAAACUCCUGGCCGCGGGGAAGGGGCCAAAUGGCGGGAAGCAGCGCCGGGAAACCACCGAUUAGCUUCGAACCCUUCACUAUGUGGUUUUCCGGCUUCUGAAACAUCAGACAUCCUGUCGCCGGCAAGCACGAGGGCUUUGAUACUUGAGGAGGAUUAAAUCCGUUACUAAAUUUGUUUAUAUCAAAUUCAUGAUUUACUGUUGCGCUCUUGGAAGACAAUGGGAUUAGUAUUUGGAAGAGUCUUUGUGUCAUGGGUGGUUCUUCUACUAUUAUUUUAUUCUGCACUGGCAGAUUCCACAUCCAAAAGCUUCAAUUCAAAGAGACUGCUGGAAGUCCAGUCGCGUAAAAAAGUUGUCUCACCGCCUAAUAUAUAUUUGGGAGCUUCUUCUGGAAGCGGGUCUGCAACAGAGCCUCUUAAGAGCAUUUCUGAUGCUUCUAAUAGACUCAUGGAGAAGAACACCAAAGUGGCGGUGUCAACGGUUGCUUGGUUGACCCUGAUGAUGGCUGCUGCAAGUGGCUUGGGUGCGGUCCCGUUCUUCUUUGUGGAACUAGAGCCUCACUGGGCAGGUGCGUGCAAUGGCAUCGCUGCAGGAGUGAUGCUAGCAGCAAGCUUUGACCUUGUGCAGGAGGGGCAGGAAUACGGUAGCGGCAGCUGGGUGGUAAUUGGGAUCCUUGCAGGAGGCAUUUUCAUCUGGCUAUGUAAGAAGUUCUUAGAGCAAUAUGGUGAAGUAAGCAUGUUGGACAUUAAAGGUGCUGAUGCUGCAAAGGCAGUUCUUGUGAUUGGAAUAAUGACACUUCAUUCUUUUGGCGAGGGCUCAGGUGUUGGGGUCUCCUUUGCUGGCUCGAAGGGACUUUAUCAAGGUCUUUUGGUAACAUUAGCUAUAGCUGUACAUAACAUUCCUGAAGGUUUAGCUGUGAGCAUGGUACUUGCAUCAAGAGGAGUUUCAGCAAGGAAUGCAAUGUUGUGGAGCAUAAUUACAUCAUUGCCUCAGCCCAUUGUAGCUGUUCCGGCUUUUAUGUGUGCUGAUGCUUUCCACAAAGUCCUUCCUUUCUGUACGGGCUUUGCUGCUGGCUGCAUGAUCUGGAUGGUAAUGGCAGAGGUGCUUCCUGAUGCAUUCAAGGAAGCGCCUCCCUCGCAAGUGGCAACAGCCGCUACAAUCUCUGUAGCCUUCAUGGAAACACUAAGCACAGUUUUUGAGACAUUCAGCAAGGGAUACAGCUCAGAGCACGUUUACGGAUUCUUGGUCUCCCUUCUUUUUGGUCUCGGCCCAUUGAUAGGUGGUGCCACUUUGGUUGCUGUAGCCAUCAGCUUCUACCUCCAACAUUCUUUCCUUACAGGUGUCUCCUCAGGAAUUGCCUUCAUCCUGGCUGCCUGGCGACCUCUACAAUUGUUGGCCGGUGGAAAAAUGGAAUUCUCUGUUGUCUUGAUUCUACUAGCCUCAGGUUCAGCCCUGUUCCAUGUAUCAACAGCAGGCAUCCUGAGGCUAGCCCGGUGCAAGACCUCCAAAGGGAGCCUAGCACCAUCAGGAUUCCCCAUCAGUGCUUUGACGCUACAGGCAUUCCUUGCAUGUGGAACUAUAGCCCUUCAUGCACUUCCUGAGGGCCUUGCUCUGGGUGUGGCUGCCCCGAAAGCUUAUGGUCUAGGGCGGCACAUGGUUCUGCCCGUCUCCUUGCAUGGGCUUCCUCGUGGUGCAGCAGUAGCAAGCUGCGUGUAUGGCGCCACGGGUAGUUGGAGAGCUGCAGUUGCUGCUGCGGCAUUGACAGGUCUUGCUAGUCCAACAUCUGCCAUUGGUGCAAUACUAGCAGGCUUAAGCUAUAAAGGCCUCGAUCAUUGGAUGGUACUCGCAUGUGGCGCCCUCCUCCCCAGCUUCGGGAGCAUUCUCCAACGGGUCAUCAGAUUGGAACCUGCCAAGAGUAUAUUUGGGCUUCUAAUGGGUUUAUCAUUCACUUUCUUGUGCCUUACCAGCACGAAGCUCGUCUGCGUGCGAACUCCCUACUGUAAUUCUGCUCCUGCAGCUGUUACAUGAGAGGAUGUUGGCCGAGAUGAAGUUGAUCAUAUAUCAAAUAGGAAACAGGAGGUUGGCAUACAAGAUUAUGUCCAUCUUGAAGACAUUGAAGGGCAUGUGAGAGCUGGGUCCUGUUUCUAUUGUAACUUCCACCAGUGUUGUUUACUUGUAAAGAAGAUUACAGGAGUUGUAGCUUAUGCGGAUCCACAUUAUCAAUAAUACUCUUCCAACUGUCUGCACGACAAGGGCCCUGUACAGGUUAUUGGGAGGGUUUGCUUAAAGCCUUCUUAAAUUGAUCGUCUAGAGCUUAUCCGAGGUGUGCUUUAUUUUUGUCUCAAAAAAUGAAAAAUGGGAAGUUCUUUUAUGCACAAAGAAAGGGCACUUGCAAGGGGCAACUGAAACAAGGCAUGGUAAAGGU